UUAUCUGUGUGUUUAUACAUACAAACUCACUCUCUGGCUUGCUUCUUGCUGCAGACGUGAGAGACAAGACAUGUCAAGCUGACCACAAGCAUCGCUCUGGCAAUGUGAAGACGGCAGUGCUGCACCAACACACACUGAACGAGAGUUUCUCAUGCGUGCAGCAAUAGUACUUCCAUUAUGAGUGGAGAAAGCUUGGGGAUGUGUGUGUUGGUCACGCUGUUGAGUCUGAUGUUCCUGGAGUCAGCUCAUGGUCAGCAUAUUGCAGAGGAGCCCUGCUCAGUCCAAAUCCUUGUUCCAGGACUUAAAGGGGAAAUCGGGGAGAAGGGGGAGAAAGGGGUGCCUGGGAGACCUGGUAGAGUGGGGCCACCUGGAGAGACAGGACCUCCUGGACUUAAAGGACAAAAGGGUAUCAUGGGACGUUAUGGAAAAAUGGGUCCCCCUGGAUUAAAAGGUUUAAAAGGGGAUAUGGGAGAACCAGGCCCCAAAGGUGAAAAUGGAGACCCAGGGCUCCCCUGUGAGUGUGGUCCCUUGCGAAAGAUGAUUGGUGAAAUGGAUAAUCAAGUGGCACAGUUAACAAGUGAACUGAAGUUUAUUAAAAAAGCACUGCCCUCCCCUGCAGCUGUCGCUGGCAUUAAAGAGAUGGACGGUAAGGUGUACCUGCUGGUGAAGGAGGAGAAACGUUACAGAGAUGCCGAGAUCUACUGCCAGGGCAGGGGUGGGCACUUGGCCAUGCCCAAAGAUGCCAGUGCAAACAGGGCCAUUGCUGGCUACAUAACAGAAGCUGGCCUGAGCAGAGUGUACAUUGGCAUUAACGACCUGGAGCGUGAGGGCCAUUUUGUGUAUGUGGAGCACUCACCUAUGAGCACCUUUACUAAGUGGCGGGAAGGAGAGCCUAAUAAUGCUUAUGAAGAUGAGGAUUGUGUGGAGCUCGUUUCCUCAGGGGAGUGGGUUGAUGUGGCCUGCUCUUUAACCAUGUACUUUGUGUGUGAGUUUGACAAAGACCAGAUUUGAGUAACUUCACCCUGGAGAGAAGGAUUAUAUUAAUGGGUUUUGAAGCCUUGCAGUGAAAGAGUAUGAUUUUUGAGAUGAUCCAGUUCUGAUGUGUGAAAAAGGGUUUACCUCCUUAUAUUGUUUUUUCUUUUCUAGACUAAUGGUGUAGACAUUUUUCUGUAACAUGUUUUCAAGACUUACAUUUGACUUACAUUUUGGAAUUACAUUUGUAAAAAAUAUAUUGCUAAUAUUUUCCAUUUGCUAUGGACUUUAUAGACUGCCCUUUAUCAUGUUUUACUAUUCAUUUGUAUAUAUUAAGCUAUAAAUAAAACUAUAUCAUUACAA